UAAGAUCAUGCGUAAAAGAUACGUAUAAAACGGUUUCAGCAGUUUAUAUUACUGAAUACAGCUUAACAGUUACAGUUUUAGUUGUUUAGUAAAAAAAGUAAUAGUAAAAGAUGCAUUUCAACAAUUGUCCGAGAAAAUCGACACAAAAUAUGUGGUCCUCCGUUUUAUUGAUGUUGAUCGUCUUACAAGGAAUGAUCAUGGUUUGCGAGUCAGUGGAGAGUGAAACUUUCUGCGAGGUCGAAUGCACGAGUCGGUCACCAAGGUUAUAUAAAAAACGAUGCCUCGCAAACGGGUGUUUGCUCACGUCUUUGGACCAUUGCGCGACGAUAUACAGGGCCCAUCCGAGUGGUUUCGUAUGCAACCGCAUGCGUGGUGAAUUCGUAUGCGCUAUGAACGGGUCGACUUUUAUGGAAAUCAAACGUUGUUCCCUAUGCCAGAAAAUGCACGACCAGCAAACUUCGGGUCCGAAUAUCACACAAGUAGAGCAAAGUAAUUGCGCGACAUGAGCAUUGUAUGCUUGCAAUUUAAACGCAUUUUUUUGCUGCAAAAAGUAAUUUUUCAUUUGACAUUCGGACCUCAUACAGGUAUUAGGAUAGCUACGCAAAACAGAUAGUUUUUAUAGCAUUAUUUUUUGCUAAUAAUAAUUCACAUGUUAAAUAUUAAGUUAUUGCCUUUCACAUUCCAGUUGAUACUUUUUCCGAACUUUAAAUGUUCUUUCCGUGUUUGUUUCUUUGAAUGUAAAUAAUAAAGUUCAAAAUAUUUCGCUUGACGCAAA